CUCCUAAAUCUCGCGUUGGACACACAAAUCUCCCCUUCACAUUUUGAACUGCGUAGUGGAAAGGGGGCAUUUUACAGUGCGUUAGGAAAACAAAUCUCAACAUGGCUGAUGUUUUGGCUGUUGAUAAUGAACUAACCGAACCGAAAACAAAUGGUUCUCCAGAGCUUGAGGAGCCAAUUGAAGAAACACCCAACGGUUUGAAAACGAAUGAUUCUGAGGAAAGUCAAACCCCCCAAGAAAAGCAGGAUCUUAAGGAGAAGUCCUCCGGGAGCAGAAAAGGGAACCGCUACCAUCCCUACCAAGACAAACAUGGAGUAGAAAAAAAGGGUGCUCAUAGGAACCGUGUGUUCAUCAACAAUAUCCCCUAUGAUAUGAAGUGGCAGUCAAUUAAAGAUUUGAUGCGUGAGAAAGUUGGUGAGGUUACAUACGUGGAGCUCUUUAAGGAUGCAGAAGGAAAGUCAAGGGGUUGUGGUGUGGUGGAGUUCAAAGAUGAGGAGUUCGUGAAGAAAGCGAUACUAACUAUGAAUAAGCAUGACCUAAAUGGAAGGCCUUUGAAAAUCAAAGAGGAUCCUUAUGGCGAGCAUGCCCGUCGUGUGCAACAACGCAUAGGAGGAGGUCAGCAGGGAGGUUGUGCACAGGAUAUGGCUAGUGGGAUGAAUAUUCCACCUUCCAUUGUGAACAACCCCAAUAUCCCACCUGAUGUUAUCCAUGCACUGCAGGCAGGGCGACUUGGCACCACAGUGUUUGUGGCGAACCUGGAUUUCAAGGUGGGCUGGAAGAAGUUGAAAGAAGUGUUUAGCAUGGCGGGUGUGGUAAAACGUGCCGAUGUGAAGGAGGAUAAAGAUGGCAAGAGCCGUGGAAUGGGAACUGUGACAUUUGAGCAGUCACUGGAGGCUGUGCAGGCUAUAUCUAUGUUUAAUGGACAGAUGCUUUUUGACAGACAGAUGCAUGUCAAAAUGGAUGAUAAAUCUCUUCCUCUUGAUGAUUUCCAUCAAGUGGAGGAAACACCACAAUUACCACGGGGCUUAGGUGGAGUUGGUAUGGGACUGGGACCAGGAGGACAGCCUAUAAAUGCCAACCGCCUGAGUGGUGGUGGAGGAGGAGGCAUAAGCUCCAUGGGGCUUGGAGGUAUAGAUGUUCCAGUUUAUGGUGGAAUGAAUAAACUUGGAGGUGGAAUGGGUAGCAUUGGUGUCUUCAGAGAUAUGGAUAGCAUGAGCAAUAUGGGUGGCUUUGGAGGGAGAGAUAUGGCGCCGAUUGGUCGGCUGGGAGAUAUGUACCGUUCUGGAAUGGACCAGGACUUUGGUCAAAGUGACAUGUCAGUGAAUCGAGGAUUUGUGGACUCUCUUGGAGGAAUGGGGAUGUCAAUGGAGCGAAUGGGAUCCACCUUUGACCGUAUGGGCAUGUCAGGAAUGGACACAAACCAUGGCUUUGGUGGCCAUCGAGGUAGUGGUGGAUUGGGCCACAUGGGUGGAAGUGUGUCUGACAGAAGCUCUGGGUCCAAAGCAGGUUGUCAGAUUUUUGUACGAAAUCUAUCCUAUGACCUUACUUGGCAGAAGCUGAAAGAGAAGUUCAGUCACUGCGGCCAAGUGGUGUUUGCAGAGAUCAAGAUGGAGAAUGGGAGGUCAAAGGGCUGUGGAACAGUGAGAUUUGACUCUCCAGAAAGUGCAGACAGGGCUUGCAGAAUGAUGAAUGGAACCAGGGUCAAUGGCAGAGAGGUGGAUGUCCGUAUUGAUCGCAACGCCUAGAGCUUUUGUAGAAUUCUUGCCAAUACUUUACAUUCUACCCUCUUGGCAAUCUUUUUUUUUUUUUUUUUUUAAACAGUUCAUGUGUUAGUUUGUUCAUGUAUAAAAAACACUACAUGACUUUUUAAUUUGUUGGGCAGCUUCUUUGAACAAAUAAAAUGUAAAUUUCUAACACCUGGUGCUUGUAAACUUGCCUAACAGAUGCAUGGAAAUUCUAUGUCCUCUUGUAAAGGUCUGGGAAAUUUCACAUCAGUCACAAAGGGUAGCUGUAAUAUCAGUAUUUAGAUAGGGCAUGUUUAAAGGGUCACAGAAAGUGAUUAGAGUUCCCAGAGAUCCAGGAUGCAGUGUGGCUAGUGUUGGCUUAUCAGUGGCGUUGAUGAUGGCCCCGUUUUGUUUUCGCUGACUGUCUCAAAAUAAGGACAAUGUAAAAUGAGUUUAACACUUUUUAUUUGGUGACUCUACAUAGAUACGUUUGCAUUUAUUGGAACUUGAUUGGCAAUUGUAAGGACAUGAAACUUAUUCAAACACUAUAGGGCUUCAUUGUUUGUUCACAAUGUGUUUUAAAUCCUAGCAGGCACAUAAGACAAUGAUGCUUUUCCCGCCUUUGGGGAUAUGUUCCUAAAAGACAUCAUCCCCUUCAUAAAAUGUGACCAGCACAUGUCUUUGUGGCACAACUUCUUAAAGGUUUUUCAAGUGAAGACAUUUCCUUGUGUUGACAUAUGAUUUAAGUUUAGCAUUCAUUAUUUGGUUUUGUUAGUCUCUGGGAAAGUCAGCCCUCAGUCACUACACAGUUUUAUGGGAUUGUUCCCAAUAAUUCCCAGCUCAUACAGGAUGGACAGGGUUGCAAAGAGGAUAUAGCAGAUGAGAGAAAUGAUUCCCAAUUUCCAGUCCAACUUCCACCCGUUAACAUGAACAGAAACAAAAAGGAAAAUGACAGAAAGCAAGAGUGUGGCAGAAAUGAAGACCAUUCCAGUGCUGUUGACUUCUAUUGGGUUGUUCGUAUCCAUAAAGGCAGUCUUAAUGAACCAUGGCAGGCCCAGACAAAGCAUGUCAAAUACAUUCGACCCCACAAUGUUAGACAUGGCCAUGUCAGCUUUUCCUGUUAAACAAAAAACUGGUUAAUAAUACCAGGUUUACAUUUUUUCUGAAAGAAUCGACCACUUUGCUCUUAAAUCACGUUUGAAUGCAUUCUAAUUUUUAGCACAUUAAUGUAAUAAUUGCAUGUGUAUUACCUGCUCUGGCCACCAUCACGCUGGCUAAGGUGUCAGGUAUACUGGUUCCAGCAGCAAGUAAAGUGAGUCCCAUAACUGUAUCAGGGAUGAGAAGGGUCUCACCUGUAAAAAUAUCAAGCAAACACAAAAUAAAAUUUAUCGUCUGCUGGGAAAAUAA